ACAACAACAACAAGUACAGUGGAAGGCACGUAAGGACGUUAACCUUCGACCCUAUUACGCACACCGCUGUGUGAGGCCCAGCACAGGGGAAACCGUAAGUUACGGUUAGCCUGACGUCGCAGAGCAUCCUUACAGUGCAAGUUACACCAGAACCAUGCACGUGUUCCAGCAACCCCGCCCCACUCCGAGAUGUUUUGGCGGGAACACCGUCAAAGCGUUAUCUAUCACGCAGAUAGUGUGUGGAUCUCUGGCCAUACUCUUGGGCAUCGCUAUCAUCAUACCGGGGAGUGGGCUCUUCAAGUCCGGGUAUCCUAUCUGGACUGGAGCGAUGUUCCUUGCUACUGGAAUCAUCGGCAUCUUCGCGGCGAGACGGAAGAACAAAUGUAUGAUCAUCCCUCUGAUGGUUCUGUCGAUCCUUUCGUCCAUCCUGGCGGGAACCGUUACCCUCGUCCUGGCGUCCAUUGCACUUUCCAAUGAUGUCUGGGGAUGGUGCUGGAAUUUGCCAUAUAGCUCAUGCCCAACGGGCGCCAUUGUAACGUUUGACGUCCUGCUGAUUCUGCUGGCCCUCCUGGAGCUGGGUCUGGCCAUCGCCACCUCUGUGAUGACGUGUUAUGCUAUCUGUCCGGGCUGCUCCGAGGGAGGUACGGACGGCUGUACCUGCUGUACAGGUGAUUCGUGUAACAGCAGUGGCUACCAGCCGCCAGCAGUUGCCUAUCAGGUGGGAGCAGACGGCAGACUGGUUCAGAUACCCAGUCAGUACGUCAUACAGGGGGGACAGCCCAUCGCCAUGACACCGUUCCCUCCAAGCCAACCCCAACACGCCACGGUCCUUCCCGCAGGAGCCAUGGCCCAACAACAACCUCUGCUCGUCACACAGAACCCUGCCAGCAUGGGUGCUGCCCAGGGGAGCACUGCAGUCGGACAGGCUCCCAAACCACAAGGGAACGUUGUGUUUGUCCCGGCUCAGGGUGUCGCUCCUGCGCCACCUGCUCAGCGUCAAGUGGCACAGCCGAUGUCAACAGUUGGGCAUGGUAACAUCCAGUAUGUCAUCGCCGCAUCUACAACGGUAACCGGACAACAAGCGGCAGCUCAGCCGCAGUCUGUACCACAGGUUCAGUUCCAGCAACCCAGCCAGGCCGUGCCCUACCCACAGCCAGCGCAACUCCAGCCACAACAGCAGCCGAACGUACCCCAGGGACAGGUCCCUGCCCCACCCACGGGAUCCUCCCCUCCCCCCGGCUACCAGCCUACCGAGUCUGACGCUCAUGUCGCUGCGAACCAGGCCAUGCCGACAGAGGAAGACGAUGUGCCUCUCAUCGAAGAUUAGGCGCGUACCCAGGGGUCGUGACCGGAAUACCGCAUCUACUGGCAUCAUAUGCUCUAGAUUCUCCUCGCUUAAAUCAGCUAACACAAUAGUAUCGUACCCAAGGCCAAGUGCGUGAUGUUACAGACUGUAUGUUAGCAUGCUUAACCUAUAAUACUGGUUUAUUUAUUUGUUUCAUAUAAAACUCAUAACAAUGGUUCCCACAUGGCAGUCACAGACUGAAUUGCGUGGGGGUUCCAUUAACAACAGUUGAUAUUCAUACUAAAACAUUAACUAUAUAGGGUACAAUAUUAAAAGCGUAGUUAUACUGUAACUGAAUUACGCGUAAUUAACAAAUUUAAAAGAUUUAAAAGAUCUCAUGAAGACACAUUAUACAAUAUAAUAUAGAAUAGGGCUGUUUUUUUUCUUACAAGUUCAACAGUCGUACCAUGUGAGGUAUUGCACUAGAGUUAUAUCUUUCUGAUUUGCAGUGGAUACUAUCGAGUUUGUGAGAUGACCUAGACAGAACGAAACACAUACGUCUCAACAUAUAUAAUGAAAUACAAAUGUUGCCAGACAAGAUCGCUUCUUAUGCCAAACAAUGCAAUUAUGAGCAACAGCUUUGACUAUGUCGUUUGAUGAUUCCGGAACAUCUGACUUAUGACCGGGUACUUAAUCUGGAAAGAGCAACGCUAUCAAACAAAAACUAAAUAGAUUAUGAUACACACAUGUAGUAUGGAGGCAUGAAGAACUUCGAAGAAAACUGUUAGAUAAUAGAGGGUCCUUGUUACAUCCAUAUAACAGGAGAGAUUAGACAAGAACUAGCCUGGGUGCCAUCCGAAUUUGUAACGGCUCCCCCGAAAAAAUUUCGGGGGAGCCGUUACAAAUUCGGAUGGCACCCAGGCUAGACAAGAACGUGAAACGUUGGGACAAGAAAUGUCUUCUAUAUCUGGAUCAUGGGCCUCUUUCACAGAUAACAGGAAUCAAAUACAUCUUGUGUGUAGUAGUGAGGGGAUGAUGGGACAGAAUUGUGAUGGUUUCAGAAUAAUUGCCUUUGUAACACCCAAAUAAUUCUGAUGAUCUGCUUUGAUUAUAUUUGUAAAUGGUGUGAAAUGAUACUUCGUGUAUCAAACAUUUGUUAGUCAUUAUGAGUUUGUUUUGCUUCUGAAAAGCCUUUCUGAACAAA